CGCCCCCCCGCGCCAGGCGGAGCCGGAGCCGGAGCCGGAGCGGAGCCGGUGCCGGGGCGGCUCAUUGCGGCGCGGCGCGGCGGCAGCAUGGCCACCACCGUGCCCUGCACCCGCUUCACCGACGAGUACCAGCUCUACGAGGAGAUCGGCAAGGGAGCUUUCUCGGUGGUCCGGCGCUGCGUCAAGCUCUGCACCGGCCAUGAGUAUGCCGCCAAGAUCAUCAACACCAAAAAGCUCUCCGCCAGAGACCACCAGAAGCUGGAGCGGGAGGCCCGCAUCUGCCGGCUGCUGAAGCACUCCAACAUCGUGCGGCUCCACGACAGCAUCUCAGAGGAGGGUUUCCAUUACCUCGUCUUUGACCUGGUGACCGGCGGCGAGCUCUUCGAGGACAUCGUGGCGCGGGAGUACUACAGUGAGGCUGAUGCCAGCCACUGCAUCCAGCAGAUCCUGGAGGCUGUCCUCCACUGUCACCAAAUGGGGGUCGUCCACAGGGACCUCAAGCCGGAGAACCUGCUCCUGGCCAGCAAAUGCAAAGGGGCGGCGGUGAAGCUGGCUGACUUCGGCCUCGCCAUCGAGGUGCAAGGCGAUCAGCAGGCCUGGUUCGGCUUCGCGGGCACGCCUGGCUACCUCUCCCCCGAAGUCCUGCGCAAAGAGGCCUACGGCAAACCCGUGGACAUCUGGGCAUGCGGUGUCAUCCUGUACAUCCUGCUGGUGGGCUACCCGCCAUUUUGGGAUGAGGACCAGCACAAACUCUACCAACAGAUCAAGGCCGGUGCCUACGAUUUCCCUUCACCCGAGUGGGACACGGUCACCCCCGAAGCGAAAAACCUCAUCAACCAGAUGCUGACCAUCAACCCUGCCAAGCGCAUCACAGCCCAUGAAGCCCUCAAGCACCCGUGGGUCUGCCAACGCUCCACCGUGGCCUCCAUGAUGCACAGGCAGGAGACAGUCGAGUGUCUGAAAAAGUUCAACGCCCGGAGGAAGCUCAAGGGCGCCAUCCUCACCACCAUGUUGGCCACCAGGAACUUCUCAGUGGGCAGACAGACCACCGCUCCUCCGACCAUGUCGGCGGCCGCCGCCGGGGCCCCCCUGGGGCUGGUGGAACAAGCAGCUAAGAGCUUACUGAACAAGAAGGCGGACGGCGUGAAGCCCCAGACCAACAGCACCAAAGGCAGUGCCGGUGUCACCAGCCCCAAGGGGACGCUCCCACCCGCCGCGCUGGAGCCUCAAACUACCGUAAUUCAUAACCCCGCGGACGGCAUAAAGGAGUCGUCCGAUAGCACCAACACCACCAUCGAGGACGAGGACACAAAAGCCCGCAAGCAGGAGAUCAUCAAGAUCACGGAGCAGCUCAUCGAGGCCGUCAACAACGGGGACUUUGAAGCCUAUGCGAAGAUCUGCGACCCGGGGCUCACCUCCUUCGAGCCCGAGGCCCUGGGCAACCUGGUGGAGGGCAUGGACUUCCACCGUUUCUACUUCGAGAACUUGCUCUCCAAGAACAACAAGCCGAUCCACACAACCAUCCUGAACCCCCACGUCCACGUCAUCGGCGAGGACGCCGCCUGCAUCGCCUACAUCCGGCUCACCCAGUACAUCGACGCCCAGGGCCGGCCUCGCACCAGCCAGUCGGAGGAGACCCGCGUCUGGCACCGCCGUGACGGCAAGUGGCAGAACGUCCACUUCCACGGCUCGGGGGCCCCCGUCGCCCCGCUCCAGUGAAGAGCUCGCGGUGGCUGUCCUGGUUCCAGCCCGACGGAGACGGCGAUGGGAGCCGAGCCGGCAGCCGGAGCUGCGGCCCCGAAGCACGCGUCCGCAUGCCUGUCCCCCCCUCCGCCCCUGCCUCCUCCCCCCCUCCAGUGCCUGUGUUUGCAGAAAACAAAAAGACAAAA